AUGUGGAAACCCAGCCCCGCCGCGGGACUCAGCCUCUUCACAGCGGGACUCCUCGCCGCCGCCUGUCUUCUGGUGACCCGGAUGCUGGUGGUCACCGGCGGACACCCGACUGACACUCCACCUGCUGCCGGGGCGAGCUCCAGCGUUUUCUCAGCUUACAUCAGGAGACUCACCCGGGAGAGGAGACAUGUGAGCGGCCCCCCACGGAGCAACACUCCCCCUCCACGGGUGGAGCACCUCUCCCAGGCAGACGUGUUCAUCGCGGUGAAAAGCACCGGCAGGUACCACAGGCCGAGGCUGCAGCUGCUGCUGGACACCUGGAUCUCCAGGAGCGCGCAGCAGACCUACGUGUUCACUGAUGGAGAGGAUGAGAAGCUCAGGAAAAGGAUGGGUGCACAUGUGAUCAACACCAACUGCUCAGCAGCCCACCACCGCCAGGCCCUCUCCUGUAAAAUGGCUCUGGAGUACGACACUUUUCUAAACUCGGGAAAGAAGUGGUUCUGCCACGUUGAUGACGAUAACUACCUGAAUGUCGGCCCCCUCCUGAAGCUCCUGUCUCAGUACAGCCACACGCAGGAUGUGUACAUCGGCCGGCCCAGCCUGGAACGGCCGAUCGAGGCCACGCAGACGCUCAACACCAAUGAAAUGAAACAGGUGCGCUUCUGGUUCGCCACAGGAGGAGCGGGGUUCUGUCUGAGCCGAGGCCUUGCUCUAAAGAUGAAGCCCUGGGCAAGUGGUGGUGCGUUCAUGGCCACAGCUGAGCGUAUUCGCCUGCCUGACGACUGCACAGUUGGCUACAUUGUGGAGGCGCUGCUUGGCGUGAGCCUCACCCGCUCAGCGAUGUUUCACUCCCAUCUGGAGAACCUGGCACUGGUGUCAGACAUACAGAACCAGGUCACUCUGAGCUAUGGCAUGGUAGAAAACAACAGGAAUGCUGUUAAUGUGAAAGGACUGUUCCCAGUUACAGAAGACCCCACCAGAUUCAGGUCUGUCCAUUGUCUGUUGUACCCAGACACCCCUUGGUGCGCCGGCCUCUGGUGACUCCAACACCCAGAGACAAAGGAGGUAUAAACUGAUGGAGGGGAGGAAGAGAGAACAUGUCUCCAAGGAGACAGUUGCAAAGUCCCGCACCUCUCUGUUCUGAAAUGUUUUUCCUUAUGGCCAACAACAUUCCCACUGACUGACUUUUUAGGAAGACACUUGUAUUAGCUUAAACCCUGA